ACAGCUCCCUGUCAGCCCUGCAGUGAUGCUGAGGUGCUGUUAGCAGUCUGCACAAGCGACUUUGUGGGGAGGGGCACCAUCCAGGGGGUGGAGCAGGAGGCGGAGCAGUUGUCGGUCACCGUGGCGAUAAGCCGCCUGUACAGACAGAAGACUCAGGUGUUUGUGUCAGGGGGGGUGAGAGUGAGGAGGUGGACAGGCAGGGUGAGGAUGCCCAGGCAGUGUGGGGUGAGGCCCGGCCCGGGAAGGGGAUGGAGACUUCCUGUUCACGGGGAGCGUAAGGUUCGGGAGGCCUGGAUGGGCUGUGCCCCGAGAUACAAGGACUUCCUCAGACUGUACCAGGAGGCAGAGCAGAGUGGGACUAACCCCUGUCAUGUGGACACAGACUGAGUGUCAGGGAGCUACCUGGCCACACCCACAACAACAGGCCUCUUCCUGAAUGGACAGCAGACCUGGGUCUGAGCCGAAUGUGGACACUAACUGAGAGGGGUGCAGACAGACAGACAGAUGGACAGACAGACUGGCCCAGACAGACAGACAACUUCUGAUCCUACUGUCUUCCUGCUCUGGAGCUCCUGAAUGUUGCCAAGCAGCAUUGCAACUGUUGGACUCAUUUCUCAAAGCCAACGUUGUUGUUAUAUUGUUGUUGUUGUGGAAUGUUCUAAACCUGUUCCGGAAUGUUCUAGACAGUUCUAGAAUGUUCCAAGACUGUUCCAUUGGAAUGUUCUCAGACUUCAUUCUCUGAGACGUACAUCAACAGUCAGAUGAUGUGAGGUUUGUAAUGUAGCAGACCCUCUCUGGACCUGAUGUGUAGAAGAUGUGAACCAUGAACAUUUCUGAAACGGAGGAUUCAACUGCUUUGUGAAAAGCUUCAUGUACAGUUUUGAAGAUGUUUCUUAUGAAAGAAAUGUAUACAUUAAAAGCCUGCUUUUUAAUUUGUGGUUUAUUUUGUUUUUAUGAAAAUGUAGAAGUGCAAUUUACAGUCUUUAUUAUAUCCUCAGGCUGUUGAAUUAUAAACCCCCUUUUUGCGUGAUUAAAAGUUAUAUUCCUUGGAA